AUGAUGAUCAAUAAUAAUUUACAAGAUAAUCAAGAUAAUCAAAAGGAAUACAUUACUAAAUUCCCAAAUAUUGUAUUGUUACAUAUUAUUAGACAAGUGACAAACAAUGUAGAUUUGAUAUGUCUAUCAUUAUCUUGUAAGAAAUUGUAUGGUAUGAUUGUCGGUAGUCAUCAUAUUACAUUCAGUAGUGUUGGAUAUAUUUAUAUUGAUGUUCAAUCACAUUGGUUGGUGGACAAUGGUGUUGAUGUUCGUCAUGCAUCAUCUUUGUUUAAACUAAAAUCAUUUAAAAGUUUAUUCAAGAAUGCAUUAUCAAAUCAAUUGUUAAUAUCAGAAAAGGAGGAUAAUGAUAACGAUACCUCAUUCAAUAACAAUAGUUUGAUGAUCAAUUUAUAUGCACAAGAGGAAAUGAACUUUCAUGGUUACAAGUGUCAUACAAGAUAUCAGAAUGCACCAAUAUCAAUCAGUCGUAUAUACAUUAAGGGAAGGUCAACGGUUCCACCCACUUUCUCAAUGUACCCAUUCUUUGAUAAUCUAAACAGUGUCUAUGCCGACGCUCCAAAAGUGCCAGAUGACCCAGACUACCGUACACUGUUACCGAGAACUCUUACACAACUCGACAUUGGUAUGCAGAAACUGACAUCGCCAAACUACUUUCAAUCAUUGGAUAAAUUGGUAGAGUUAAAGGUUGUCUUGGUGGUAUUCGAUCAUUGUCAAACUAUCAACUUUAAUCAUUUACAUAACCUCAGAAAACUCAGUCUCACCUUGGGACUCGUACCAAAACAAUGUAGUAUAGAUGCAUCCAACAUCCAACUACCACCCAAUCUGACUUCACUUGCAUUGAGCCAUUUCUGUAACUUGGGUCAAAACACAAUGACAACUCAAUUCUUUCCAACUGGGUUGAUCGAGUUGGAGGUAGAGCUGGGUGGUCACGACUACUCUAGUAUCUCACUAUCUCAUCUAACAUCGUUGACACGGUUAACCAUUCAUUGUUUGACGUCUGUACCACCUGGAUUUAUUCCUCGUACUGUUCUUCAUCUAACACUUGACAUUAUGUUUUAUGAUGUCGGUCUGUUGGAGGGUUCCAUACCCGAUACUGUCGAGUCUCUUACUCUAGAGUAUAAUGGCCAGACUGACAAUAUGUUUGAUGAUGAUGAUGACGAAGGUAUCACAUUUAUAACAGAUAUUUUAAACAACCCAACUACUAUUCUUCCCCAAUCUUUAAAGAAUUUAACUUGGAAUGUAUCAACAGCAGCAGCAACGACUCCAUUAUCACUACACUCAUAUCCUCCUCAAUUAGAAUACCUAAAAGGUGGUUUGAUAGAUAUAAAUACUAUUCCAUCAACUUUAACAACUCUAGAUUUAAUCAUUCAUCCACAACAACAACAACAACAACAAAUUGGUAUACAAAUUCCAAUUUAUUCCAUUCCAUCAAUUAACCAAUUAGAUAAUAAUAGUCACACAGAUAGUAAUAAUAAUAAUAAUAAUAUUUUACCAAAUAAUUUAAAAAAGUUGAUUGUUAGAAUUCUUCCAGAAAUAGAGAAUAACAACAAACAAUUGUUUAGUUUUAGAUUAGAUGAAAUUAUAAAUCAAACUAGUGUAGGGGAAUUGACAAUAUAUACAAAUAUUUCUGAUAGACAUGUACAAUUAUCUAUUAGAAGAUUGGAUAGCAAAAAUGCAAAUGUAUUGGUAGUUGGAGACAAAUCAUUAUUUGGUGGAGUCAUUCAACAAAAACAACAAAAACAACAGAUCAAUGGUAAUUAUAAUUAUCCUCCACUUUACCUAACCAUUCAUGGUGAAUACCCACUAUGUAUACAAUCAACUCCAGCUCCAUACAAAUAA